AUGGUCGAUCCCAAAUUUGAGGUUGAACAGAUUUUUACUUGUAAGCAAUUGUUCAUAAAGGCAUGCAAGAGCCAUAGAGUGGUUCACGGAAGGAAGAUAAAGUUCAGUAAAAAUGAUGGCAAAAGAGCUAUGGCUUAUUACAAGGACUAUAGCUGGAAAGUUUCUACAGCUGUUAUGCUAGACAAAAAGAUUUUUCAAAUCAAGAGCAUACAAGGUGAACACAGUUAUGGGAGGACAUUUGACCACAGACUAGCAAAUUUAACUUUUCUGGUUGAUAGAUAUAAAAAGGAGCUGGCUGUUAUGGCUGACAUGAAGGUGAGUACACUCACAGACAAAGUGAAGACUAAUGUUAAUGUCAAUAUCUCUAGGUGGCAAGCUUAUAGAACCAAGAAAAAGACAAAAAAUUUUGUUAAUGGUGAACAUGAAAUCCAAUAUAACAAACUAAAAAACUAUUGUAGGGAAGUAAAGAGGGCUAAUUCUCACUCAAAUGUUUUCAUGACCACUGUUGAAGAUGAUGAGGGAGAAGAUAGGUUUGAGAGGUUGUAUAUUUGUCUUAAUGCAUGCAAGACAGGCUUUUUAAGCGGUUGUAGGCCUGUUGUCGGGUUAGAUGGCUGCCAUCUUAGAGGACCUCACAGCAGUGUGUUGCUUACAGCUAUAGGAAUUGACCCCAAUAAUCAAUUGUAUCCCAUUGCCUAUGCUGUGGGACUGAUUCAAUCUAUUCAAGAGUUGCUUUCAGAUGUGGAGUAUAGGACGUGUGUGAGACACAUGUACAAUAACUUUAAAAAACUACAUGGUGGUUUGACAUUAAAUGAGAGAAUUUGGGUACUUGCAAGAGCUCCUUACAAAAAUCUGUUCAAGGCUUUGAUGGAAGUUUUGAAAGCAGUUGAUGAGGGUGCACUUCAAUGGUUGCUUGACAACACAACACCGCAGCAAUGGUCCAAAACUUACUUCAGAACCUCCCCUAAAUGUGACAUUUUAUUGAAUAAUCUUUGGAGAGUUUCAACUCCAGCAUUUUAG